GUAUCUUUAACAAAAUUUCUUAUCAGUGAAAAAAGGAACAUUAAAAAUUGGUGAACGAUGAAAGUUAAAAAAACGAUUUUACUGUUCGUCCUUCAAAUAACUGUUGUUAUUCAAGCUGUUACUUUCACGGAUGUGUUAUUAAAUCUUCUCAAAUCCAGUAGGGAAGAUUUCAAUAGUAAUGGUAUAGUUUAUCCAAUGAUCUUCGAUGGAGUACGAAGGCAACCAACCAUACCAGAGACGGUAUCGUUUCCUUGUAACACUCGUUUCGGCAGGUCACCUUACGUACCGGAGAAUGUUCAUAGACUAAGACCGGGUGAUAUUGACGUAAUAGGUGGUCUCGGUGAUUCUCUUGUAGCUGGAAGUGGAGCUUUGGAAGAAUUUGCGAUUGGAGCUUUUAUUGAAGCACGUGGUGUUAGCUGGUGCAUAGGUGGCCAAGAUAAUUGGCGAAGAUUUUUGACAUUACCGAAUUUACUGAAGGUAUUCAAUCCAAAUCUAACUGGGUACUCGACCGGUACAGGCGAAUUUAUUUCAUCAAAAGCGAGAUUAAAUAUCGCUUUUCCUGUAGCAGCUACCGAAGAUGCCAUAAAACAAGCAAGAAUUCUCGUGCAAAGAAUAAGAAAUGAUCCUAGGAUUAAUUUUACCAAACACUGGAAGUUGAUCACUAUUUUCUUCGGUGCAAAUGAUAUUUGUUCGGCUCAAUGUUACAAUCCUGAACAAUUUUCACCACUACGUCAUGCUUUUCAUUUAAGAAAAGUUUUGGACUACCUCAAAAUGACAUUACCUCGUACACUCGUUAACCUAAUUCCUACAAUAGAUGUUACGGUUUCUCUCAGAGUUCGAAAAAGUCCUAUGUGUACUAUAUUACAUCCACUUUAUUGUGCUUGUAUGCAUCAAGGAUAUAGACCAGACAUCACGGCCUCGAGAAUGGCAAUGAUGUAUCAGGAAGCAGCCGAAACUUUGAUCAAUUCUGGAAGGUAUGAUCAUUCGCAGGAAUUCACGGUAGUAUUGCAACCAUUUAUGAAACUAUUUAAUGCUCCAAAUGCCGAUCCCAGUAGAGCAACGCCGAUCGACCCUAAUUUGGUCACAUACGAUUGUUUCCACUUUAGUCAAAAUGGUCAUGCACUUGGUGCUAAUCUUCUUUGGAAUAAUAUGUUCGAACCAGUAGGAAAUAAAACAGAGAAAGGAUUACCUAGAAUAUUAGAAAGGAUUCAAUGUCCUACAAAAAGAGCACCCUAUAUAUUCACAAAUGUAAAUUCAAUGAUAUUUCAACGAACAGGAUAUCAAGAUGGAAUUAUACCGAGAUAAUGAAAAAAGUAUAAAAUGACAUUAACAUUUGAAAAUGAUGAUGGUAUACCGUAUUCACAACAGCUGUGAUUAAUAUAAAACAAUUAUUAUAACAAUUAUUGUAAAUAUUAUAACUAUAAUAUAAACGAUUAAAUUAAUCACGUUAGACGAUCUUACAGUUUACACACCUUAACCUUGAUUCAGAAAAUAAAAUAAUGAAAUAAAAAUUGUCGAGUUAAGAAGAGGACGUUUGAUCGCUAUUACGAAACUAAGAUCUAUCAAGUCGAGCCAAUAAAUUAUUACGAAAGGUAAUGAUUGAAGAACUUGACCUUGCUUUUAUAGAAAGGUGGAGUGAUUAUUUGAAAGCGAUCGAGGUUGAAUCGAAAAAAUGUAUUUGUAUCAUUGACUCUCGCUAUAAAUCUAUUCGAUGCUUUUCCAUUUGAUAGAACAAUUUUAAAUCCCACGAGAAACUAUUGAACUAAUUUGAAUAAGUAGGACACAAACGACAGAUAAUGACGAAUUAAUAUUUAAUUAUCAGAUACUUAAGUCACGGAAGUGUCAAACGAAAGAUCAAAAACAAUUUUUUCGAAUGUAUAUUUUAUCAAUCAAAUCAAAGACAAAGAAAUAUAAUGAAAUUUCCUAUAGUGCAAAAAAUAAAUGUUGAGUUUUUCUUAACGCAAAGAUUUGUCAGAUAUUCCUUGUUAUCUGGCUGCUAAUAUUAGAAUUGCUUGUAU